AUGAGCAAGCUGGAGAAGAAGUGUCCGGUCUGCUACCAGAAGCUGCCGAUGCCGGCAGACGUUCUGGGGCCGAUGGACAAGGAGUUGAACUACUUCAUGUGGAUGCCCGGCUUCGAGUGGCGACCGGAGCCCGUGCGGGAGUCUGCUGACGCGUACGGUGACGUUUGCGACUCGCCCUCUUGCCGCCAAGAGUUCCGCCCCGCAGCGGACGAAGACAUGGAAGAAGCUCUCGAGGAAAUGGUAGAGGCCGAUGAGAUGCGCGACCGCUUCAACGAGCGCGCCUCAGGCGGAAAGGUCUCUACGAACGACGCCAUGAUCCUCGCUCGCCAGCUCGGCUUGGCUCCUUCCUACGGCGACAAGAAGGAGUUUGAAAAGAACAGCGGUGACAGCCUCGACUACACCUCAUUCCAAAAAUUCGUGGGAGCUAGCACCCACCCUGAAGACAACAUUGAAGACCUUGUCGAAGCCUUCGCGUACUUUGACACUUCUAAACAUGGUUAUCUUACUCGCAAGCAAAUGGGAAACAUCCUCAUGACUUACGGAGAGCCUCUCACCGAGGCAGAGUUCAACGCCUUGGCUGCGGAAUUCUUCACAAGCGACCAGAUCGACUACAGAAAGUUCUGCGAAGCGAUGCUCGCGCGAAAGGAGUAA